UUGGUAUUACAAUUGUAUUAAGACGCCAGAAUAAGAAAAUAAAAUUGCUCAUGGUCCAAGAAGCAGACGAAACCUCAGUCUAAGAUAAUAUUUUUCAACUGUAUGGGUGGGUGUUACUGCGGGAUCAUCAGGUCUGAUCCGGUACCGGUACACGCGACUCAGAGAGGUCUGACGUCGGCUUUUCGUGUCUCUGCGGAACUGAAGGACCAUGUCGACCCACAAAACAAAGAAGGUUAAAAUGGCAACUAAAUCCUGUCCUGAAUGUGACCAACAGAUUCCAGUUGCCUGCAAGUCCUGUCCAUGUGGUUAUGUAUUUAUCAGCAGAAAACUUCUAAAUGCAAAACUCAGCGAAUGUCCUUCACCAGCUAUUACAGACAAACUGGACUUCAAGCGCAGAAGAACAGAGCGCAUUCGCAGAGAGAGGAUUGGCUCUCCUCUCACCAGUGACUCAGAAAACCACAGAAGAUCCCGAGCCAACAGUCAGUCAGAUACCAUCCGUAGAGGCCGUGGUCGCCCAAAGACUGUGGGCCUGAAGAAACAGGAAGAAGAGAAGGAAAAACAAGAAAAAGAAGUGGACGUAUAUGCCAGUCUUUCUGAUGAAAAGGCAUUUGUCUUUUCUGUGGCCUUGGCUGAGAUCAACCGCAAGAUCCUGAGUCAGAGACUUAUCCUAUAGAUUAAGACCAAAGAGUAGAUUAGAACAAGAGUUGACUUAGGCUUGCGUCACAUUGAAGUCAUCUUUAAAUAGUGGAUACUUGAUUAGGAUGAAAAGGGCAAGAUUCGACUUAAACUUUUCACAAAUGUUUGACCCUCAACAAUGACUUAAAACAUGACUUCUGAAAAUCUCUGGACCUUCAUAGAUGCGAAAAUCAUUUUUCAGGUCAUAAUGGUUUGUGAAAUAACCAAAGACUGCACACCUGGCUGGAGUACAUGCUUUUCCUGCAAAAGGGAUCUUCAAAAAAUAAGCAGAGUUAGAUUUUUUUAUGGACAACAGUAUACAUGUGAUUUAAAUAUGAAUGUUGUAAUGGCUUUGAUUAUUGUUGAUAUGCUAGUAGUAAAGGAUCAUUAACCUUUCAUUUGCUGAAUUUUAGAUCCAAUUCUGUAUAAAACAAUUUUUUGCUGAAAAUCAGAUGCUCAGUAGUGUUAAUUUGAAUAUAGAACACGAAAGAAAGUGUAUGUUUGGCUCUGGUAUAGAUUAGUGACUUGAACAUAUUAUGAAUACAAAUCUUCAGUUGUAAUGUAAUUGAAAUGAAUCACAGAAUAUAUGUUUAAACAAACAUUGCUUUUUUAUCAUAACUGUAUUUUUAAUGCAUAAAACGUAUUUUAAAAAACCUGUCAGCCCAGUCCUACUGCUUGCAAGCCAGAAAAGUAGGCCUCCUUACACCUGGAUUUUCCCUUGGGUCUCCUCCUGGUGGGACGUGCCCGGAACACCUCACCAGGAUGUUCAGGAGGCCACCUCAACUGACUCCUCUCGAUGUGAAGGAGCAGCAGCUCUACUUUGAGUCCUUCCCGGAUGACUGAGCUUCUCACCCUAUCUCUAAGGGAGAGCCCAGACACCCUAUGGAGAAAACUCAUUUCAGCCACUUGUAUCCGUGACCUUGUUCUUUCAGAACAAAGUUUUUGUUUAUGGCCAUAGAUGAGGGUGGGACCGUAGGUCGACUGGUAAAUCAAGAGCUUUGAUUUUUAACUCAGCUCUCUCUUCAUCAUGACAGACUGGUACAGUGCCCACUUCAGUACAGAUGCUGCGUCAAUCCAUCUAUCAAUCUCCCUCUCCAUUUUUCCCUCAUUCUUGAACAAGAUCCUGAAACACUUAAACUCCUCCACUUGGGGCAGGACAUCCUCCCUAACCUGAAGAAAGCACUCUACCCUUUUCCGGCUCAAGAUCCUGGCCUCUGAUGUGGAGACAAUGAACCUCCUCCCGGCCGCUUCACACUCAGCUGCAAACUGCUCGAGUGAAAGCUGAUGAAUGAUGAAUGAUCUGAUGAAGCCAGCAACAUAAUCUGCAAAAAGCAGAUACAUGAUCCAAAGGCCGCCAAAAUGAACACCUUGGCUGGUCCUAGAAAUUUUGUCCAUCAAAGUAAUGAACAGAAUCACUGACAAAGGGAAGCUUUGGCAGAGAAAACUCUCACCGGAAAUAAGCCUGUUGGUGGCAAUGCGGACCAGUUUCUGACACUGAUCAUACAGGGACCUAACAGCCCAUCUCAAAGGGCCCGAUAUUCCAUACUCCUGGACUAACUCCACAGGACUCACCGAGAGACACAGUCGAACACCUUCUCCAAGUCCACAAAACACAUGGAGACUGAAUGGGCGAACUCCCAUGCACCCUCCAGGACUCUGCUGAUGGUGUAGAGUUGGUCCAGUAUUCCAGGACGAAGACGAAAACCACACUGCUCUUUCUGAAUCUGAGAUUCAUUCGACUGUCCGAUGGACCCUCCUCUCCAGGACUCCUGAAUAGACCUUACCACUGAGGCUUAGAGGAAACCAUGAUUAGUUACAAAAAUAGACCUAAUUUGGGAAAUAUGUAUUUUAGAUGUAAAAGCAAUACAGUAAUAAUACUGUAGGUUAUUUAGUUUUUAUAAAUUUUAAUAAAAUAUUUUCACAAGAAUGUU